AUGGAGCGUUACGAGUCUCUGGGUCUGGUCGGCGAGGGCAGUUACGGCUCGGUGCUGAAGUGCCGUCAUCGGGACUCCGGCCGACUCGUUGCCAUCAAGAAGUUCGUGGACUCUGACGAUGACAAGACGGUGAAGAAAAUCGCUCUGAGGGAGAUCAAGCUGCUCAGGCAACUUCGUCACGGCAACCUGGUGAACCUUCUGGAGGUGUGGAAGCGUCGGCGGCGCUGGUAUCUGGUGUUUGAGUUUGUGGAGCGGACUCUCCUCGAUUAUCUGGAGCACAACCCGAGUGGACUGGACCUGAACACCAGCCGUCAGUAUCUGUACCAGGUCCUGAGGGCCACAGCGUUCUGCCACCAGCAGAAUAUCAUCCACCGGGACAUUAAACCAGAGAACAUCCUCAUCUCUCAGGGGGGCGUGGUCAAGCUGUGCGAUUUCGGCUUCGCCCGCACCUUAGCGGGCGACGUCUACACCGACUACGUUGCCACUCGCUGGUACAGAGCUCCUGAACUGCUGGUGGGAGACAUCAAAUAUGGAAAACCAGUAGACGUGUGGGCUGUUGGUUGUCUGUUAUUAGAGAUGUUCACAGGUCAGCCUUUGUUUCCCGGAGACUCAGACCUCGACCAAAUUUACCACAUCAUCAGGUGCUUUG